AUGGACGGUCAAGGCCGUUCCAAGCCGGACCGCGAGGAUUCAUCUAAGCAGCUUCAGGAGCCCGGCCAGUUAUUGGACACCACAUCAUCAUCUGAGCUGGCCGGUGCGGCGGUGGACGCCACGUCAGCACGAAGAGGCCAGCUGGACGUGUCGCGACACAAUCUGCCCCUCAGCAGCAUCGUCAACCAGGCGGCGGUGAAGGAGGCGCUGCUGGCAGCAGCGGUGGAUCCGGGGCUGGGAGGGGUGGCGCUGGUGGGGGGGCACGGCACGGGUAAGACCGUCAUGGCGCGCGCGCUGCCCCUCCUGCUGCCGCCCAUCGCCGUGGUGGACGGCAGCUGGGCCAAUGCCGACCCGCGCACGCCUGAAGAGGCUGUUAUGGAUGCAGGCAGCAGUGGUGAUGCGGCGUUGGUGCUGCUGGGAUUGACGCUUCUGCCCCUGGGAGUGACGGAGGACCGGCUGCUGGGGUCGGUGGACGUGGAGGCGUCCAUCCAUGCGGGCCGCAACAUCUUCCUGCCGGGGCUGCUCGCGCAGAGCCAUCGUGGCGUGCUGUACAUCGACGACGCCAACCUGCUGGACGACGCCCUGGCGGCGCUGCUCUUCGCCGCGCUCGCAGAGGGGUGCAGUGUGGUGGAGCGCGAGGGGCUCUCCGUGCGCCAUGCGUGCCGGCCGCUGCUGCUGGCGUCGUUCAACCCGCAGGAGGGCGCUCUGCGACGCCACCUGCUGGACCGCAUAGCGCUCAUCGUCAGGUGCGCUGGGCAGUUGUGGGGAAGGGGGCGGAAACGGGGAGUGGGGCAAUGCUGUGCUGAGGGCGCCGUUCAAGUCAAGCCGCAGGGGGGCGGUCUUAGGCGGCACCUUCUGGAGCGGAUUGCUCUCAUCAUCAUGUGCGGUGGUGGGGGUGGUGGGGGUGGUGGGGAUGGUGGGGGUGGUGGGGCAACUGGUGAAGUGCGCUGCAGUGAUGGUUAG